UCUCUGUGUCUCUCUCUCUGUCUCUGUCUCUCUCUCUGUCUCUCUGUGUCUCUGUCUCUGUGCCCAGGGUCCGAGGGCGGAGGCUCUGAUGCGAUCGUCGAUGGAGCGAGGCCGCUGGCUCUUCCUGCAGAACUGUCACUUGGCGCCCAGUUGGAUGCCCACGCUGGAAGCCCUCGUCAGCGGCAUCGAGCCGGACAAGGUGCACCGUGACUUCUGUCUGUGUGUCACGAGUCUGCCCAGUCCCCACUUCCCCGUGUCGCUGCUGCAGAACUCCUCCAAGAUGGCGCUGGAGCCUCCACGUGGCGUCCGCAGCAGCCUCGUAAAGGCCUUCGCAGGCCUCAGCGAGGACUUCAUCUCCUCCUGUGCCAAGCCGACGGAGUUGAAGUGUCUGCUGUUGGCCCUGUGCCUGUUCCACGGCGUGUCUCUGGAGCGCCGCCGCUACGGGCCGCUGGGGUUCAACGUCCCAUACGAGUUCACGGAGGGUGACCUCAGCAUCUGUGUGAGCCAGCUGCACAUGUUCCUGGGAGAGUACAGCAGCGUCCCCUUCAAGGUGCUCAGGUACACGGCGGGGCAGAUCAACUACGGUGGGCGCGUGACGGACGACUGGGACCGCCGGACACUCUGGGAGCUGCUGAGCCACUUCUACAGCCCCGAGAGCCUGGACCCCACACACAGCUACACCGAGUGUGGCACCUACAGGCAGAUCGCCUCCAACACUGAGCUGUCGGGCUACUUGCAGUACGCCCGCAGCCUGCCCCUCACAGACUCCCCGGCCGUGUUUGGGCUGCACCCCAACGCCAGCCUCACACUGGCGCACAGCGAGGGAGCGGCGCUGCUGCUGGCGCUGCUGCAGAUGCAGCCGCAAGACGCCGCUAGCGCUGCCGCUGGUGGUGGCGUUGCAAAGUCACGCGACGAGGUGGUGGAGGAGGUGGCUAGGCGCGUUCUCGACGAGGUCCCGGUGCCGCUGGCUGAGCGCGAGCUCGUGGAGAAGUUCCCCGUCCGCUACGACGAGUCCAUGAACACGGUGCUGGUGCAGGAGGUGCUGCGCUACAACCGUCUGCUGGAGGCUGUGCGCUGCAGCCUGCAGGCCCUGCUGCGUGCUCUGCAGGGCCUCGUGGUGAUGUCCUCCGAGCUCGAGUUGAUGGCUCACAGCCUGUACACCAACGCCGUGCCAGCACUGUGGCAGGCCAAGGCGUACCCCUCCCUGAAGCCGCUGGCUCCGUGGCUCUCCGAGUUGUCCCGCCGCGUCGACUUCGUGAGCCGCUGGGCGGCCUCCGACGGCCCCCCGGCCUCCUUCUGGAUCGGGGGCCUCUUCUUCCCGCAGGCCUUCCUGACGGGCACCCUGCAGAACCACGCCCGCCGCACGGGCACCGCCAUCGACGCGCUCUCCUUCACCUUCCAGGUGAUGCGCGAUCCGGCCGAGGCCCUGGUGAGGCCUCCGCCCGACGGCUGCUACAUCUGGGGCCUCUUCCUGGAGGGCGCCCGCUGGGACGCGCCCAGCGGCCUCCUAGCCGAGUCGCUGCCGCGGCAGCUCCACACCCCCAUGGCCGUGCUGUGGCUCAGGCCUCGUGUCCAGCAGCAGCAGCAGCGGCAGCAGCAGCAGGAAGGGGAGCAGCAGGGAGGGCUCGGCGGCGAUGGCGGCGAUGGCGACACAGAAGCCGGAGUCUACUGCUGCCCCGUCUACAAGACGUUGGCGCGAGCUGGAACGCUGUCCACCACCGGUCACUCCACCAACUUCGUGAUGGCCGUUGACCUGCCGAGUGACCGCAAGCAGAGCCACUGGGUGAAGCGUGGAGCUGCCUUGCUGUGCGCCCUCGACUACUGAGCAGGUUCUUCUCCGCACCCCAC